AAGCUCUUCAUGUUUAAUUAUGAUGACUUCCCUGUGCUGGCUAGUUCAAUGGGACAUGGCAGUCAGGAAACACAGAAAAGUACCUCCUCCUCCUCAAAUAUCAACAACAAAACUGGACGUGAAAAUGGUCCAACAUCCUCGGAAGCACCAGAAAAUGCAGGAUUAAAAAUACAUCCGAAUGGCCGUGUUACAAACAUUCUACCUGGAAUGCUUAAUAACCAAUUUGGAAUGGCUGGAUUGCUUUCAUUUUUGAGGACAAUAGACAACUCUCCGUCAAUAACUGGACUCGCCUUAGGCCAAGAUUUGACUGGUUUGGGAUUGAAUUUGAACCCUUCAAAGAAAAAUUUAUUCCAAACAUUUGGAGGUCCAUGGGGCAAUUUUUCUUGUCGAAUUCAGGACUUGGAUGCAAAAGUACCCGACGUUUAUUUGACAAAUGCUACAAUCAGAGAAAAAUUACCAAAUAUUAAAUUAAAUAAGCUUCAUGAGGAUGUUCUUUUCUACCUCUUUUAUAACUGCCCUGGCGAAGUUUAUCAAGUUGCUGCUGCUUCUGAGUUAUACGCGCGUGACUGGCGGUUUCACAAAAUUGAACGUUUAUGGUUUCAAAGGGCAGCUUUUUUUGCUCCUCCAAAGGAAAUUGGUGGAACCUUUGAACGAUGUCAAUAUAAUGCUUUUGACCCAAUCCUUUGGAGAAAGGUCCCAAAAGAAAUGGUUUUGGAAUUUAAAGAUUUGGAAGGAAAACCAUCUGUUCCAGGACAGAAACAAGCACCUCAGCAACAACAAAAUAAACAACCUCUUCCUGCAGUUCAACAAACAACCAACAACAAUUUAUUCCGGAAGUCAACAUCGACGACAAGUUCAUUUGUAUUAAAUCAAUUAAAAAGACUUACAAGUGGUUUCCCACUUCCUCGAACAGAAACUCGCCAUCUUAUAGAUAUUCUUCAAGAAAAUCCGGAACUUUUUUCUCAUUCAUCAGAACAGUUGCUCGAUUUUAUUCAGUAUGAACCUGAAUUAGCUGGAAUAUUGCUUAUAUAUCAAUUAUUAUAUGAACCAUCAAAUUAUCGUUCAAGUGUAGAAAUUUUGUUAAAUAUGAAUAUUGAUGUUUCUGUUCUUGUGGCAAUUAAUAAAUUUGUUCAGCUUUGCGAAUAUAAGGACAUAAAAGUUCCAAAUGAUUUUCUCCACAAAUUUAUUUCUGUUUGUAUCUUGUCUUGCGAUAAUGGUUCAACUUCUAAUGGGUUGGCAACAGAUCGUUUAGGUUUUUUUUAUUUUCUUUUAUGCAACGCGCUUUUUCGUUCAGUUCGUAUGGUUUGUAUGUUUUUUAAUGGUUUGCUUGAUUUGAGGUACUUUGACGUUUCGGUGGGUUUUUUAUUUUUUUCUUGCUCCUCACCCUCUCCAUAUUUUUUUUCCUCUAAAAAAUUCUUUUUUCUAGACGGUCCGGUCCGAAAUUCAAAAUUUUGCCUUCUCAUACCUUUCGCUUAA